AUGGGUGCUGGACGGCGUAUGUCGAGGAAACAGGGUGCCCCUGAGCCCCUGUCGGAAGCACACUAUGCGCGCCUGAAGCGGAAAGCCGGCCUUCCCCCAGAUCGUCCUACCGAAACUCCGGACAAGAAGCGGCGGAGAACAGCAGCAAAGGGUGCCGAAGCCAAGAGCGCUCCAGCGAAGAUGGCUGCAAAGGGAAGAAAGCCGGCGGACAAGAAACAACCACAGCGCAAGGCCAAUGGCGAGUCAAAGGCCAAGGUUGUGCUGCCUGAGCUUGAAGACUCUUCCGACGGGGAGCUUGGCGACGAGUUCGACCUGGACAAUGCGGACUCUUCAGACGGCGACGCCCCGGCGCUCGGCGCAGACUUUCUCGGCUCAGACUCGGGCUCGGACGCGUCCGUCUUCGACUCGGACCAGGACGACGGCCCGAGAAAACACACCUUUUCGGAGGACGAGGAUGAGUCGGACCCCGAGGAGAAGCUUACCGCAGCCAACAUCGCCGGCCUCACCCGCAAACUGGACCGCCAGCUGGCCGAGCAAGCGGCCGCCAACGAGGCCGAGCUGGCCGAGAGCGCCCUGCAGACCAACAUUGCCGGGGACAGGCCGCGCGUGCUCGACGACGACGACGACGACGACGCGCUCGGGGGCAAGACGGAUGCCCUGCUGGCGCCCGACCUGCAGCUCCUCCGGACGAGGAUCACGGAGAACAUCAGGGUGCUCGACGACUUCGCCAACAUGGCCGAGGAGGGCCGGUCGCGGUCCGAGUACACGGCGCAGCUGAUCAAGGACAUUUGUGCCUACUACGGCUACUCGGAGUACCUGGCCGAGAAACUGUACAGCCUCUUCACGCCGCGUGAGGCCUUUGCCUUUUUCGAGGCCAACGAGUCGGCGCGGCCCGUCGUCAUCCGCACAAACACGCUGCGCACGCACCGGCGCGACCUGGCGCAGGCGCUCAUCAACCGCGGCGUCACGCUCGAGCCCGUCGGCAAGUGGUCCAAGGUCGGCCUGCAGGUCUUCGAGAGCAGCGUGCCGCUCGGCGCCACGCCCGAGUACCUCGCCGGCCACUACAUCCUGCAGGCCGCGUCGUCGUUCCUGCCCUGCAUGGCGCUGGAGCCGCGCGAGGGCGAGCGCGUGCUCGACAUGGCGGCGGCGCCCGGCGGCAAGACAACGUACAUGGCGGCCCUCAUGAAGAACACGGGCGUCAUCGUCGCAAACGACCCCAACAAGGCCCGCUCCAAGGGCCUCAUCGGCAACAUCCACCGCCUCGGCGCCAGCAACGUCAUCGUCUCAAACUACGACGCCCGCGAGUUCCCCAGGCCCAUGGGCGGCUUCGACCGCGUCCUCCUCGACGCCCCCUGCUCCGGCACCGGUGUCAUCGCAAAGGACCCCAGCGUCAAGACCAACAAGACGGAACUGGACUUUAUGCAACUGCCCCACACGCAGAAGCAGCUCCUCCUCGCCGCCAUCGACUCGGUCAACCACUCGAGCAAGACGGGCGGCUACCUCGUCUACUCGACCUGCUCCGUCACCAUCGAGGAGAACGAGCAGGUCGUCCAGUACGCCCUCAGCCGCCGCCCCAACGUCAGGCUCGUCGACACGGGCCUCGCCUUUGGCAAGGAGGGCUUCACCAGCUUCAUGGGCAAGAAGUUUGACGCCAGCCUCAAGCUCACCCGCCGCUACUACCCGCACACGUACAACGUCGACGGCUUCUACGUCGCAAAGUUCAAAAAGAUUGGCCCCACGCCCCCCAAGGCCGCCUCGGCCCUGCACGACCAGAACACCUCGCGACCUGCCGCCGACGAUGUCGUCGACAAGUCGCCCAUUACAGUCGACGACGACGAUGCCGUGGCCCGCACCGGUGAUGACUUUGGCGGCUGGGAUGAAGACGAGGACAAAGAGUACAUGGAAAAGGGCCGACGCAAUGCCAUGAGGCGGAGGGGCCUGGAUCCGCGAAGCGACAAGAGGGCCAGCAAAAAGAAGUAG